AUGUCUAAUCGUACUGUAACUGAAUCUGAACUUGUAAAAUUUAGUGAGGACCUACGCAAUGCUGCCAACAAACACCUCAAAAUUGCUUGUAUGUCCCUUCGUAGUUGCUAUGUUACGGAAGCUUCGUCUGUUCAGGAGUUUGUUCAUCUUCGUCGUAAAAUUACCAAUCAUGCCACAGUCUAUUACAGGGUGAUUUUACCAACUGCGAAUGCAGUUAUUGAAAAUAUUCAAGAUUUCGUUGAAACCUAUACCGCGCUAAGCUAUGAUGAUUUCAAAGAAUGCAUCGAGGAUUUGGCUAAUGGUGCCCAUAGGAAACGAGAUAUGGUUUCUUAUACAAAGUUACUUCACCAGGAAAUACUUGCCAACUUUAAAUCUGAACAAAACUGCGUGAAUAUUGUAUUGAAAAAGCUUGAAAAAGAUGCGGUGUGGUAUAACGCAAGAGCAAAACAAUUGAAAGAAUCGAGUAAUGCAAAGACAAGCUGGGCAAUUGGUUUGUCACUUAUUCCUGGCGUAAACUUCAUCGCCAGUCCAAUCUUGUGGUACAGAGGCAAGGAAGAUCUUGUUGAAGCAAUUGCAAGUGAAGAAGAAUCAAAGUUGGCUGUAGCCGCCACGCACAUUAUUCGAGAUGUCCUACAUACUUCACUUCUCAACUUUGAUCAAUCCUUAGCUGAAAUUUCCGGAUUCUUCAGCAUUCUUCAAAACGAACUUAGUAUCCUCGCUCGCAACAGUGAUGCUAGCAUUACAAGGUUGCACUAUUACAAGUGUAGAAAUAAAGUACCAGCCAUUGUCGCUGCCUGUCAGUUUUACAUGAAAAGCAUCCCUGACUGCCAAACUGAGCUUUUAUGUAUUCCCAAUGACUGUGAUAAAAAUUAUGUACAACAAUGGCUUAUCGAAAAAAAGGCAAAGAUUGGAAAUGUAAUUCUUUCGUUUUUAGAAAUGGGAAGGAAUUUAUUCAAUUCAAAUGCUCAAUUUUUAAAAUUAGAAAACGUAUAA